GGAUACCGGUGAGGCGGUAACAGAACGAAGACGGCCGAAAAGGGAAGUAGAAAACCUCUUCCGAUUUUCAGAUUCGAUCCAAAAAAAUUCAUGGCGAAACGUAAAAAUUCAGACUCUGAAUCUGAGAGUGAAGACGAAGAGAAGUUGAGUUCAGAAGAAGGAGCGGAUAACUCCGGUAGUGAUGGGGAAGGGCAAAAACCGGAGAUAUCAGAGUACGAGAAGCAGAGGCUGGCGAGAAUUGCAGAGAACAGAGCCAGAAUGGUGGCUUUGGGUCUCCCCAAUAUGGCUUCUUCUUUGAUGGGUUCCAGUCAGAAUUCGACUCAGAAUUCCAGAACACAUAAAGGGAAACGCAAGGCCGCUGAGGAGGACGAGGAUUAUCGGCCAAAUCAUGAGGAUGACCAUGACGACGACGACGACGAGCUCGACAAUGAUGAUCAAAAUGAUGAUGAUGAGGAAUUUUUGGGUAAUAAUGCUUCUCGUUCUCGAAAAAAUAAGGUGAAGAAUAAAGGUCCAAAAUCUAAGAAGAUAGCUACUAUUACAAAUAAUUUUAGUAGCUCGGAUUUUGUUGAUGACGACAAGGACCUAAUGAAGGCAAUUGCUCUAUCUCUGCAAGAGUCAUCACAAGAUUCAUGUGUAGUACAUAGAGAUGCACAAGAUGCUACUUUUGGGGAAAGAAAGGGAAAUACUCAUAUGAAAAAGAAAAAAUCGUUUGCCAGUCGGGUACAAAUGAAUGAGGAUGAAAUGAUCAUGCACUUCUUUAUGUUUGAUGAAGCUGGAAAAGGAGGCAUAACUGUGAGAGAUUUACAAAGAGUAGCAGUUGCACACGAUUUUAUGUGGACAGAUAAGGAGUUGGCUGAUAUGAUCCAUUGCUUUGAUGGCAAUGGGGCUGGGAAGCUUACUCUCCAAGAUUUCAGGAAGAUUGUCAGCAGAUGUAACAUGUUACAACCAUCUUAAAAUUCUCCAUUUGUUCUGUUAGUCUCAUAGUAUAUAUUAGACUCUGUUUUCUGGUAUUUUCCCUGCCUCUGAAACCCUUAGCGGUUGUGUGCUUGUAUUAUGGCUUUUAAUGGGCAUGAGGUAAUCGUACCAGGCUUCUGAGCAAUGAACCUUAGCAAGACUUGUAGGAAUCUGUAUUUAGAAGAAUUGAAAUUGACUACAGUCCUUGUCAUCAGAGACAUGGGAAUUUUUUUUUUUUCUUCUGAGCAUGGGGAAAUUCUGGGGAAUGCAGAAACUUGUUUGUAGUGAAAAUCAAACGUUUGAUCAACU